AUGCCAUGUACAGACGCGUCGUGCCGAUCUGAAGACACGCGCUCAAACACGACUUCGACUACUCCCACCCCGCCGCCUUCAGCCCGCAAUACGACAUGCAGACGCGCCCCAAUGUCCAGAUGGCGUCAGAAAGGAUUUGUCCAGGACUCGGAUGAAGAAGAAGAAUCUCAGAUUGAGUCUCAAGCUUCAUCAAAGCAGAAUGCACAUUUAGGUGCGCAUAUCGACCGUGACGGCAAAGUCGAGGAACCUGAAAUAAGGCCCGAUGGAACAGGAAAUGGUGGCCAAAACAUUCUAUGUGUUGAUACUCAGGCGAUUGGGAGCUUGGAGGAACCAAAGAGGCACAGCGAGCGGACUGCUACGCCUACGAAACCCACUUCACAGCAUCGCCCCACGCCUUCGCCAUUCACGCCAGGACCCUCACUAGCGAUAGGACGCGGACAGACGGACUCUCCUGACCCGCUACAAAUUCCUCUAUCGCCGAAAAAUCUAAAAGUAGCCGCAGCAGUAUCCUCGCAGCUUCUAGGCUCGCCUACCGUUUUGCGAGAGGGCAGUUCAUCAGCGCCAGGAUGCGAGAAUGCUAAUUCUUCUCAGAUCUUAGGGGAGACCCUAAGAAAAUCUCAGCCAACCAACAAAAGAGAUGUCAGCAAUUCCACUGUGGACGUCCUCGGCAAGUUCGGUAUUGCUCCUUUGUCAGAUGAAUCAGACGACGAUGUCCUCUCAGACCCUCCGUCUGACUUGGAGUCACCGCCUACUCGUGUGGCUUUUGCCGAACCUCAUAGACGGACCGCCGUACAGGUAGUCAUACCAUCCUCUACAGCCCUGCAACGUCACCUUACAGAGCAGGCAUCGAGGCGGGAAUUCCGUCAGCGAAAACCUAUACAGCUGCAUCCGUAUGCACUCGAGGGAGAACUAUAUCGAAGGGAGGUUCAAAGUCGAGGUCUGAAGCCUGUAGCUAGAGCACGGUCUCCACAACGUCAGGUUACGGGUUAUGAUGGAGAAUCUCAGGAAAAGAAUUUCGACCCCAACGAAGCUCCCUCGAGCAGUCCACCUGAACCGGAGAUUCCAGUUUCCACACCUGACGUCUCUCGACCAAGAUCGCAUGUAGAGCCAGGGAAUUUGAACCGUCGUCCUGCAUUGAACUCUACACGGCGCCUAGCUUCAUCCCAGCUCCGUCUUCCCCCAGCGACAAAGCGACAGGGAACAAACUUCUCGUCGACAAAGGUCGUCUCAGAGCCUCCGAGAACGGAUGAGUCUCCCAUGCCACGAAAUAUAUGGGACAUCCCCCUUAAUUCGCCGCCGGGUUCGAGUAGUCCUCCUUUGCCUGGCAAUGGCGCCAUUCGUAGACUGGGCCGUCCUUCUUUUACUGCGCUAGUCCAGAAUCUACCCACCCCAUCCACGUCUUCCGUCUUUCAAGACGAUGCUCGCCCCACACCAGAGGAAGAUUCGGAUUCUGUACCUCGCACUGUAUCGAGGUCCGGUGGCGAAUUGCGCAGACCUGUGAGAAUUAUACUCAGUGAUAGUUCGUCUUCUGCUUCAGAGGCACCCAGCGAACCGGAGGAUAUCGAAUUGCGAAAGGUCAGUCGGAAAAUAAAGGGUGUACUUCCCGCGUCAUGGCUACGCUUGGACAAGGAGACACAAGAACGCCGCAAGGCUCAGGAGCGAGAUCGACAACGAUCUCGAAUGGAUGCUCUGCAAUCUCCUGAGCUGUCUGAACCUCAAAGAGGGGUUGCUCAAAGAAUUCAUAGGCCAGCUGGUCGAUCACAAAGACAUGGACCAAUUAGUCCUCGGUUUAAUGACAUCCUGAUGAUAUCUGAUGACUCCGACAACGAGCCUAUGACACCUGGAAUACAACACGCACAAGAGAUGCACGAGACUGCGAAAGCGGACUUGGCACUCGCUGCAAUAUUCGAUGAUCGUUAUGCUGCAGAUAAUUUGUCUGACAUGGAGAAUGAUCGAUUGCACCUACCCACGCUUGGAGGCGCUGGCAACAAACGGAAAAGACAAACGAAAAUUACAGAUGCAUUACGAGGCAAAAAGAGAAGAAAGCAAUCUGGGGGUAUGACAAGUACCUCAGCUCUCGUGAAGCAUACGCUUGACAGGCGACCGCAAAAGAAGAAGUGCCGGACCAAUGCACUACGUCGACCUCCGCCGCCUGCCAUGAGUAUUGUUGACAUACAUCUUUCCCCGACGAAGCGCCCUGGUAGUGAGCCGCAGUUCUUGAAGAUAGCAAGGCGUCAGGCGCUACGCAGGCCAGAUCUGGCUCGCCAAAGUCCGGAUACCAAGCAAAUACGAUUACACAGCGCUCAAGAUACAGAAGAGGCCAAUCUCACACUUCGUAAUUGGCGUGAAGGAAUCUUAAAGCCGAGGCCAGUUGCGACUACAGAGAGCUAUGUGGGAAGACAGCCACUAGUGCAUAAUAGUGGAAACAAGCAAGCCUCACAUGGGCAGUCAACAGCGGACACCAGUUCGGUAAAGAGCCUCGAUCAGCGAUCAGAUUUUGGCUCGGAAGUCUCUCGAGCUCGAAAACGCGCGCCUCUUUCUCAUGGUCUGAUCAAAUUCAAGCGAACUGGCACUCUCAGAUCGCAGUCGUCGCGACACAAUAAGAAAACAUGGGGAACUCACCAGAAACGCUCUCAUGCACUUAUCCCUGCCUUCAGGAAUGCACAGCUGGAAGGUGAAGAGAAAACUUUCAGUCGUGACCAUCGCAAAAUUGCCUUUGAGCACGGUUUGCGACGAGCUGAUCAGCAGUUUGAUCUUCCUCCACCCCCAGAGAGAUUCCAUAUGAACCCGCAGCUUGCCCGAUAUCUUGCAGAUGAUGACGCGGUUCUUCCGCCAUUGCCAACAACCGCAAGUAUAGGAGAGCCGGAUGCAAAAACUUCCGAGAAACAAUUAGCGCCAAAGAAGCGCUUAGUCCGCAAGCGUCUCGCCCAAAGAAUUGAUGUGGAGACUCGGGAGUAUCGCCAGCCGAGCGAGCCUGCCAUACAAGAAAUUUUCGAUGCAGUUGUCCCCAACCCCCAACAAGCUCUCGAGCGGGAAAUUGAGUCACUUGUACUUCAGGGCCUCGGUCCUCAUGGGACACGGUAUCCCAUCACAUUUGAGAUCCAUUCUCUCGCAUCCGGGACUUAUUUUCAUUCUUCGACGUUCGUUGGAUCUGAUGGGUUUCGGCGAGCUUUGACGACGGGGAAGCCAGAUGGGCGCGACUUGGACGAACCAGCGGGGUACUGCACAUUCAGAUAUGGUGUAUUACCCAUCAAAUUUGGUCCAUGGGGUGAUGAAACCUGUUCCCAGAUACAAAAUCUAGCGAGCAAUAUCUUUGCGCCCUUCGACGUUCACACCUCCACCUCGGAAGAGCAUGUGCAGCCUUCUGAAGAUACCCUGAACCACGCAACCCAGUUCUUGAGGACAUUAAUAGGCUAUCUAUCUGAUCAUGUUAGUUUUCCGGAUCCUGUUGACCGCAAAGGUUUCGUUGAAAGAAUGUUACCCAUCAUUCAGAGUCUAUUUCACAGCGUCUUGAAUACCCAAGGUUUUGUGAGCUUACAAGAAGCUGUCACAGAUAGUGAAUGGAACCGGAACAUUAUUCGCAUUAUGGCAUACCUCCUCGUCACAACUAUGCAAGUAUACCAAAUCGCCCAACACCCCCUCGUUGGCUCGAACGGCCAUGGUUCAGCCACGUCGUUGAUCAAAAGUCUCUCAGGCGCCAUUGUGGCCCAGCUCAUCGAGCGGGGUAUCCCUGAGCUGAGCGCCUUUCUUGAAGGCAACAAACGACAUGCGAUCCGGGAGAAUGGCGUGCAAGACUCGGAUCUGCUCGUUGAGUGUACUGUACUCUGUAUGCACACAUUAGAAGGUAUGAAAAUACCACAAUGUGGGUUUUGGGACAUCUUCGGUGCACAGCUUUCGUCAAAGGUCUCUGAAGUGACUCAUGUGGCUUCAUUUGAGGCAACCUGGGCCACAAUAUACACCCUUCUACCAUUCAGUGAGAUUGAUGUCUCUGGAAUACCCAUACGGAAUCGUCCGGCUGUGCGAGCUGAGAACUGGAUCUGCGUAAGAGACCUCCUGAAACGCCUCUACGAACUAUACCCUGCGACCAGUAGGAGACACGGCACUUCGAUCAAUGAAUAUGUCCGAACAACCCUAGCACGCUGUCACAGACUAAUCAAAUACUGGCAUUGGGAGCACCCUGAGCAUAUGCUGAUCACCACCUUUGACUUCUUUGGUCAAAAUGGUUUGCGGCAACUGCGACAUGAGGCCAGCAAAGGUUCAGCGUCGUUUUUAGACCAUCUAUCUGUCGAGCAAUCGUUGGGGCUUGAACCCAACGAGUCCGGAUUUCACGUGGCACUAAAGUGUCUUGCGUUAGGUCUUCAAGGCAUGGGGAAAUCAUAUGCUGAGAAGAAAAUUCGGAGCUUCGUUUUUCGCACAAUACCUAAUCAUGGCCGCGGUUACCCAAAGGAUCAAACUUUAGAGGAAGAAAGUCUGGCGGCCCUCCGCAACCAUCACGACCUCCUCUCUGUGCUUUAUUGGGCAGCUCCAGCACCGUGUCGACCUAAGCUCAGUCACAUACGGGACCUUGUGAACCAUGAGACUUCUCACCGCGAAGCUUGCAGGCUCAAUGUACGCGCUUGGGCUAAUCUUACAGCAUUUCAGCUAUCAACUGAAGAACCGUAUGUGGCAGCGAAGCCUUUCGCCCUCUGGUUUAAAGAUAUAAUGCAUCAAAGCUUGAAACAAUACCGCCUGGCAAAAACAGAAGCUGAUGAUUAUAUGAAGUCCGGAGUCCUAGAUGGCACAACAGAUGUGUCUGCAGUUAUGGUCCGACAGAUGAUGGAGAAGAACCAAGAACAAGUCAUUGCUACUUUGCGAGACUGCAUGGCAGGCAUGCGGAAAUCUAUCAAGACCGCCAGGGACCCUGCAUGUUUAGCUGCCUUCCUUCGAGAUACUGACAUUGUGCACCUGCUUGAACUGCCGCAUCUCCAGGAUCGCCGCUUGAUCAAUGUAAUUAUGGAUGCGCUAGCAAUUUUCAGAGAUUACGCGGCAAUGCAGAAAGUGGCUGCAAGCGUUAAAGAAAGCCAAACAACGAGUGAAGAGAGUCAAGACUAUGGUGACUUCCCAGAUUUGGAUGACUUUGACGAUCAGGAUUCCAAGACUCCAGACGAGACGGUCACGCAACCCGGCUUAGAGUUCAUUCAGACUCCUCUUUGGCAUUUGCUGUCGAACGCGUUUGGUGCAGACAGGGCUCCAGACGAGAAUCUCCUUAUGGACUGUGUUGUCACAUGGAUAUCCGUUGCCUCAGCUCAAGUUACUUCAGGCCAGCGGAUGUGGUCGGAUUAUGUCGACUCUUACAGCCCAACUUCUUGGAUGCAAUUACGCCAAACAGAACAGACACGCAAAUUCGAACCAUACUAUAUGGCUGCUCUUAUCGACAGUGAUUCCAAAGUCUACGAAGAGCACCGUCAUGAGCUCAUCAAGGCUAUGUUCCUGUCUCUGGUGGAGCGAGAGUCGAUGCUCCGCUUCCAGCAUCUCCUGCUGGCUGCCAUUCUUCGAAUUGAUCAUCACCAUCCGCUACUGCAUAAUUUGCCAUAUUUUCGUCAGCAGGACACCAGUGACUUCGAUGUCUCUGCGGAGACACUGCGUAAUCGUCGCCUGGCUCUGAUCUCGAGCAUCUUGUCCAACAUGCGAGAUGAUAUGCACGCUACGACACGAGGCAAUCCUGCCAGCGCCCCCCACAUGAAGCGGGCGUAUGCUACGAUACUGAAGGACUUCAUGACGACCAUGAAGUUUAAUUACCAGCAGCUUCAGCAGGGCGCGACUGUUACUGGCGCAUAUGUCGAGUUUGUGCAAAAGGUUGUCCAGUUCCUGAAGCAGUAUACAAACGACAUUUGUCCUGUUUUGCCCUUCUUCACAGACUCAGUCGCAUUUCCGCUACCGGCUGGAGAUCCCACGUAUGUUGUCGCUCGCUUAUGUGGUUAUGCACCCAAAGUCCAUGAUUCGGGGACUGCAAAGCAGCUCUCGGUCUUCAUACAGACGGUGGCACAGCAAGCAGCUGCCGACAACCACCAGUCGUAUCUGGUCAACCAGCUCAUCACCGCUCUGUGCACAGACGAGGCGCCCGCCGCGGAUCGAGAGGCUUUGCGUCAUACGUUGCUCCAGGGCAUCUUCCCGGCGUAUUUGGAGGAAGCAUUUGCAACAAGUACAAGCUUUCUCAUCGCGCAGCCACUGCUACGAGCUCUGCCUUCCAUACUGGAUUCAAUGAUCUUUGACCUGCGGAUCAUGCAGCCUUCCAGUCUCUCUUCAACGACUGCGUCCAUCAUAGCCUUCUCGCACGCCUUCAUCCGUGGCAGUGAAUGCAUCAAGGACAAACCAUACAUAUUUCGCGAGCCCCACAUACUCUCAACGCUAUCCUACAUGCUAGAGGCCAUGACAUCCGUCGCACCGCUGCUAGACUACAUCUGCAGUCGUCUCACAGCGAGCACAAACCCCCCAAAACCAAGCAUAGUCACCUACAUGGAGCAGCUCGGCACUUUCAUCACCGAAAUGCUACAAGAUCUACUGCCCACCACCAUUCCAAUCUACGAAGGCGACGCACAUGCCCCAUGCGCCGACUCCUCGCGCGAUGAUCUUUUGGCCUUUUGCAAACGGGGACUACAGGAUGGGCUGAAGCGGAAUUGGAGCGAGAGUCGUGGCGGGAUAUGGUUUGGCCAGGGACAGGCGCGACGAGAGGUUUUGUUUGAUGCUGGGUUGCUGGAGGAGGAGAGGGCGAGGUUGGAGGGUUGUAUCGAUGGCUUUGGACGUGUGCUGGUUAGUCUGUAUGGGGAGGGGGAUAGGGGGUUUGAAACUUUGGGGUCAUGCAGGGUUGAUGAUGUUGUUGUUUAA